AUGAGCACCAAAACAGAGCUUCCGAACUGGCUCCAGUAUGGCGAGGACUUCACGCAAAGCAACGCCGCUCCCAAAAGUUGGAUGUGUCAUUUCGCCAUGAGAGCCGAGGCGGCGGAGCAACUUGCGCCGGGGACCGGCGCGUCCGCCCCGGGAGUCCCCGACUCCGGCCGCGAGGAGGCGGGCGAGACGGCCACCCUGCACUGCGCGGGGCCGCAGAGGCACCGGCGGGUGGCGGCCAACGCGCGGGAGCGCAGAAGGAUGCACGGCCUCAACAAAGCAUUCGACGAGCUGAGGAGCGUCAUCCCCUCCCUGGAGAACGAGAAGAAGCUGUCCAAGUACGACACGCUGCAAAUGGCGCAGAUUUACAUCACCGAGCUGUCGGAUAUUCUGGCCAGGGUGGUGCAGCAGGAGUGCAGGAGCUCGCACCCCGGGAGGAACCUGGUGAACACGCCCAUGCCGGACCACAGUCCACGGGCAGAGCGAAGGGACUUGGUCAUAUUUAAUGGGCCUAAAUCGGACCUGAAUAAAAGCGCGUCUUGCCCCAGCAGUGAUGGGGAGUCUUCUCACCUCAGUGACAUGGAGGAACAUCUCAGUGGGAGACUUUGAAACCAAUACUAGGACAUAGAUCAUGGAUAUAGGCUCUAGAACACAGGUGUCAAACUCAAGGCCCCGGGGGCCAAAUCUGGCCGGCCACGUUAUUUUAUGUGGCCUGUGACAGCUUGGAAAUAAUAUGCAUUGAUAAAAUGCAAAAUCUUUUCUUAUUAUAUAUAUUUGUUCUUUCCCUUUUGACAUUAAAAAGCAUGUAGACUUAGACUUCCUUUUUAUUGUCAUUCAAAUUGGAACUUUUCAGUACAGAUAAGAACAAAAUUGCGUUACA